AUGCCGUGGACUGUAACAAAUUCAUUCAAGCGAGGACUCAUGAAAACUUACGGAAGAUCUCUAUGGCGCGUCUAUGACGACGACGAUAAUGGCCCUGCCGCGAAGAAGCGACGCGUCGAGGCGGGCAACGAGUCCGACGACGCGGAAAACAGUCUUCAAUAUGCUAUUCGCGAGUCUUCAGCUGCCAUUUUAUCGAGCCCGUCGCGUCGCAAUUCAGUAGUUCUCUCGGAGGGGACGCAUGACGAUGACUUGUCCACCCCUCCAUCAUCGCCGCCUCCCAGAUUGACCCCUCCCCCGGCAAACACGAGAAAACCCGCUUUUUCAUUUCUGAAGCGCAAGCAAUCAUCGACGAAAGAUGCGAGCAAUGGCUCCCCGCUCACCGAAGUCAAUUCCAACAGUGUGCGGUCGUCGGUCGAUCCCCCCAAGAAGAAGGCGGCGCAGUCGCAACCACCCGUGUUGAAACAGAUGCAGAUUGAUCUGGGCCACGAAGUCAGAAAAACCUGUGCUACCUGUGGGAUGGAGUACGUGCCCUCCAAUGCGGAGGACGCGGCGCUUCACAAGAAGUUUCACGACAUGAACUCGACCGGUGUGGAUUUGGGGAAGGCUUUUAUGAGGGCGAACGCAUGCCGCUGGGUUUACGAAGCCACUCGGUUCGACGAAGGUUACGUUGUUAUUGUGGAUCGCAAGGCUUCUCCGACCGUGAAGAAUCAGGCCAAGAAGGUUCUGGAAGUGAUCAGCAAGGAGUUGUCUGCGCCUGAAAUCUCAGACGAUGUCUUAUGGAGCCAAACGGAGCCGCCAGAACAUCUGCGGAAGAACGGUGCAGAGGAGAAAGUGGAUCGCUACAAGGUGUUUCUGCACAUGAAGGACAGCCGGUGCGUGGGAGCAUGUCUCACUGAGCGUAUCUGGGAAUCACGGCCCGUGGAGUGCUCGACACCAGCUCAAAAUGGAGCCGAUCAGCCGACCGACUCUGCGAUUACCGUCCGGGACGAGGUGCACCCCGCUAUCGUGGGUAUCUCGCGCAUUUGGACAUCGGGCUCAUCUCGAAGGCGAGGAAUCGCCAUGGAUCUUCUUGAUUGCGUUGUGACCAACUUUAUCUAUGGGAUGGAGAUUCCCAAGGAGCAGGUUGCUUUUAGCCAACCGACAGCGAGUGGGAAUCGUUUAGCACAGGCCUUCUUCGGGCCAGGAGUCCAGUGGCAUGUCUACAACGAAAGCUAA